AUGGCGUCUCAGAUCAGCUCAUCAGCUGCUGUCGUUCUUCUCAUUCUCUGCCAUAUAGCUUGCAUCGGGUCAGCCCCAUGGGCUGGUGGUUGGGAAGAGUCAUCUGCAGCUGGAUGGAGCAGUUCUCCGAAAGGAAGUUUUGGCGGUUCGUCAGCAAGUGGCUGGGGAGUAAGAAUUCUCGGGAAAGAAAGCCAUCACCGCGGCAAUNUUCUCAGGAAACAAAGCCAUCACCGCGGUAAUCAACCCGGUUCAUCGUUGAAUCGUGACACCGUUAUGGAUACAACUUCACCAGUUCAGUUUGCUCAGUUCGAUGAGAAUAUUGAACGAAAAAACACCAGAGAUGGCACUGAUUCCGUCUCAUCAUUCCAAGCAAUUGGUGGUAGAAUAAGCAGUGCUGAAGAGCACGGCAUCUCGAUUCCUGCUGAUAAUGCUGGAAAGUACGGUGCAUCAGAAGAGACUGAAAAUUAUCCAGCACACGACGAAUCAAUCGAGUCCCAAAGCGUUUGGGAAAAACGCACUUCAUCAAGCAAGGAAAUAUAUGGUAAAGCAUUCGAGCGUCAUGGUUCAUCCCGCGAAGCUAUCUUCGGUGGGACUUCAGAGCAUGCUGCAUCCAGCCCAACGAGCAGGGGUGAUGGAAACGGCAACAGCAGAAAUCAUUAA